AUGUCCAUCCACUCGCAAUAUGAACCAGUCAAGAUUCCUGAAGUGGACAUCUGGGAUUUCAUUUUCGAGAAUGAAAGAAGAGAAUUUAAGCGGGAGAAGCCAAUAUACAUAAGCGCACAAACAAAACGGCAUUAUACAUGGUCAGAAACCGAAGCCGCAGCUUUAAAAUUCGGCGCAACUCUUAUCAGACUAUGGGACUGGAGGAAAGGAGAUGUGCUGGGGUUGUUUUCGCCAAAUUGCAUCGAUUCUCCAGCCAUCGUAUUUGGUACCCUUUGGUCAGGGGGAACAAUAUCUGCCGCCAAUCCGGCUUACACUGUCGAUGAACUAGCCUUUCAGCUUAAGGACUCCCACGCAAAGGCCUUGGUGACGCAGUUGGCCUAUCUAGACGUGGCUACAAAGGCAGCUCAGAUUGUUGGAAUCCCCAAAGACCGGAUCAUUUUGAUCGGGGACGACUUGGACACGACGGACCAGUUCAAGCACUUUUCUCUGUGCGACAAUAUGUGCUUCAAAGUUCCUAAAUGCCAGAAGCCUACUAUUGACCCCAAAAGGGAUCUUGCCCUGCUUGCUUAUUCCUCUGGUACUACUGGUCGUCCAAAGGCUGUGAUGUUGUCACACGAAAACCUUGUUGCAAAUCUGUUGCAAAUACAAGCUACUGAUGAAGGAAAUCUGAAACCCACCGGAGGUGAUGAUGACCAUGGAGAUAAAAUUCUGGCAACAGUUCCCUAUUUUCAUGUUUACGGUUUCUCCUUCCUGAUCUUGACGCCGGCGUACAGAGGGCUCACUACUGUUGUCAUGAGCAAAUAUGACCAGAAAGGAUUUCUUGAUGCAGUGCAAUCCUUCCGCCCUACAUAUGCUGCACUAGUACCUCCAAUUAUCUUGCAACUUGCAAAGUCCCCUCUUGUCGACACAUAUGAUAUUAGUUCCUUGAAAAUGGUCAUGUGUGGUGCCGCACCCCUGACUCGCGAGCUGAUAGAGGAGCUUUACCAAAAGCACAAACUGCCCGUCCGUCAAGUAUAUGGUCUGAGUGAAACAAGCCCCGUAGCUCUGGUUCAGCGCUGGCACAAUUGUCGUGAUAAGCCAGGUUCUGUUGGCACCCUUCUUCCCAACAUGACUGCCAAGUUCUGCGAUGAGGAGGGAAUCGAGAUUGCGCCAGGUCAAACAGCAGAGCUGUAUCUCAGAGGACCUAAUGUAUUUCUAGGCUACCUCAAUAACCGCCCAGGAACAUCAGCGUGCCUGGAUGAGGGCGGCUGGUUCAGAACAGGCGAUAUAGGUCAUGUGGAUCAGGGCGGAAACUUUUUUAUUACUGAUCGCGCCAAAGAACUCAUCAAGUACAACGGUUUCCAGGUGGCUCCGGCGGAGCUUGAAGGUAUCCUUCUCGAUCAUCCAAAUAUCAUGGAUGCCGCUGUCGUUGGCAUUUAUUCAAAAGAGCAUGUCAGCGAGUUACCUCGUGCGUAUGUCGUUCUAGCUCACGGGGUGGGCAAGACACAGGAUGAAGCACAAGAAAUCUGCUGGUGGCUAGAGAAGCGAGUGGCGCCACACAAAAGACUCAGGGGUGGUGUUCGUUUCGUCGAUGAAAUCCCGAGAAAUCCUUCUGGAAAGAUCCUACGGCGAAAGAUUCGGGCGCGUCUCAAUGAAGAUGGAAAUUCAAGGGAUGAAACUACGGCAGCAAAACUAUAG